AUUUUGUUAGGUUAUGUUUAUAAAUCAGUGUUUUGUGAUCUUCAUGUUAAAAUUUUAAAUUUUUAAAUUUUAGUUGUAAAAAUGAAUGUAGAAAACGAUGUUGAAGUCGAAAAUAUAUUUUUAAACAACGUAAAUGAGCCAGAAAUUGAUAAACCUUUAUCGCCAACAUUAAAUUCCGGGUGGGUGAAAAGUUUUAACCGAAAAUCUCACAGAAAAAGUAGAGUAAAUUUAGUCAACAGAUUUGAAUUAGGAAAAAAUGAAAAAACUGUCGAUAAACAAAUACAAGAUUUUAACGAAGAAAGCUUCAGUAUACAGGAAAAUGAAGAUUUAUUAAACUGUUUUGAAAGAUUGGAGGAAAUUGAGAAAAAUAGGAAUACUGUUUAUAAAGUAUUAUUACAAAAUACAAAGAGUAAUUUAACGUUUAAAAAACCGAUUAGUCCAGCGCCUAAGAGACUCAAAUCUUUACAUUCACCUAAAAAAACCGAAGAAACAAAAUUGGAAUCGAAAGCCUCUAAUGUGAUUCAAGAUGUGUGCGAGAAAAUAAUUGUAAAUCACCAAUCCCCAAUAGAACUUCCCAAAACUUCCAAUUUUCAAACGGCAACAGGAAAAGCAAUAUCCAUAACUAAAGAAAACAUAGAAAAACAUUCUAAAAUUUUUGAAGAUAUCAUAAAUUCCAGCCAAAGUGACAAUAAAAGACAAAAUAAGUUUAGUUCUUUAAAAAAAGUUUCAGAAGGAACUGAAAAAAUCACAAAUGAGAGCAAGAUUUCUUUUACUCAAGAAAUUUGUGAUUCUGGGGUAAGUGAUACUCAACUAAUGUGUGCUUUAGACAACGUUUUGACUGUUAAAAACAGUGCUUAUUCAGACAACAAUGGAUUUAAAGGUUUUAGUAGGAAAAACUUAGCAGACUCUUUAUCUGCAAGCUGUAGGUUUAACUCUUUUCACAAUGUAUUGAAAAAUAGUGAGAAACGUAAGUUGGAAGACUCUAAUUCAUUUUCAAAUAAGAAAUUGAGGUUAGAUAUUGAUUUAAAGACUUCUAAUUGUGGGUUUUCUAGUGCAUCGGGAAAAAAAUUUGAAAUUAGUACUCAAGCAGUGAAUAAAGGUAGACAAAUAUUUAACGAUUUGGAUAAAAUUGGCAAAGAAUUUCAAUUUAUUAGAGCUUGUGAUAAAGAAAUUAGUGCUAAUGUAGAAACAAAAAAUCAAUUAAACAAAUGUUCUAAUUUACUGCCUAUGGACAUUAAAAGAUUUCCUGCCAGUACUGCUGCAAGCUUUGAUGGGUUUUCCAAAGCAUCUGGUACAAAAAUAUCAGUACCUGUAUCUGCUUUAAAUAAAGCAAAAAAUGUAUUUGAAAAUAUUGAUCUAGAUAUAGAUUUAAAACCUUUGAUGAGUGAAAAAAAAUUGGGGGACAGUUCUGAGAUAAAAGAUAGCAAAUCUCAUGCAUCUAUUAAAGAUAAAUUGAAGUAUUUUGAUAAACUGAUUGGAGAUGACUGUGAUUUUGUACCCAGAAGCAAUUUUGUACUACCACAAAUAGAAAAAAAUGCCUCUAACAUACAACCAGCAACACAUAUUAAGAACAAACUGGAUUAUUUUGAUAAACUACUGCAAGAAGAAGAUAAAAACGAUGGAAAUUUCUCAAACAUUGUUAAAAUUUCACAAAAUUUAGGAAAAUUCUCCAGUGCUGCAGGAAAAUCAUUACAACUCUCCACCUUAAAAAGAACGUCCACUGUAUUCGACGAUGUUUCAGAUAAGACCCCUUUUAGUUUUUCCACCCCUACAAGAAGUUUUAACACGUCUGAUGCCAGUAUUAAAAAAUCCAAACGAAAAUUAGGAAUAUCUUCUUGUAGACAGAUAUCCAUACCUGAAUCAAAAUUAGAGAAAGCUAAACUUAUUUUCGAUGAAGAUUUCAAUGGAAUAUCCCCAAUUAAACAUUUAAAUCCAAUACCAAGUGCACCACAAAGUUAUAAUUCCUGCUCGACGCCCGUGAGAAAUGUUCAACCUUCUGUUAACUUUAAUGUGCUGAAGGAGGAUGUUGACAUUAAAAACGUAGUUAUUGAAGAAAUUAGUAAUGUUUUAAAGCUAAAAGAUGACUCUUUAGUUACUUUUGAUACUCUCUCAGAGAAGAAUGCCACUGAUUUUGAGAUAGAUCUUAAGAAUGAGGUUAAAAAGUUGGAAGAACGUUUGACAGUGAUGAAAACGCGGCAUAAAAUUUUUGAGAAAUUAAAAGAAGAAAAGUCAGACUGUGAUAAAAAGCCAAAACCAGGAAUAUUAUAUACAUCAAAAAUUCACAAUGACAAAAUGUCUCUAAAAACCUUUGUACAUGGAGAAAAAGUUGGCCAAAAUGUAAUAGAAGACUUAUUUUGUAUUACUCCAAAAAAUGCAACUGAUAUACACUUUAAAGAUUGUGCAGCUACUAUAAUAACUGCAGAUGGAGCCACGGUGGUUCCGAAUGUGAAAAAUCUGAUAGGUUUGGGGGAAAUAGAAAUAGCUUUUAAGGCGAUGACAGGAGUGGAUCCCAAAUUGAUUCAUAAGGGAUGGAUCAAAAAUCAUUACAAGUGGAUUAUUUGGAAGCUUGCUAGUUACGAGAGGACAUUUCCUUGUUAUUUUAAAACGGCUCUGAGUGUCGAGCAUGUAAUACAGCAGUUAAAAUACAGAUAUGAUCGAGAAAUUGAUAAAGUACAGAGAUCGGCGAUUAGAAAAAUUUUAGAAAAAGAUGACGCUCCUCAAAAAAGAAUGGUCUUGUGCGUUUCGGAUAUUAAGAAGUUAAACGUAAAUAACUACGAGAUAGAACUAACAGACGGAUGGUAUAGUAUUAGAACCGUCAUUGACGAACCGUUGAGUCAUCAAAUUCUAAAUAAAAAUCUUCAAAUCGGUACCAAAAUUAUAACUUGUGGAGCAGAACUCUUAAAUUGUGAUGGCUGUCAUCCGUUAGACGUUACGGACUUAACUUGUUUGAAAAUUAACUUUAAUUGUACCAGAAGGGCUAAAUGGGACACCAAAUUGGGUUAUCAAAAAUUUGUGGAACCAUUUCCGAUACCCGUACAUACAGUUCAUCCGUAUGGUGGCAUAAUUUCUUCCGUUGACGUUUUUAUAGCCAGAGUAUAUCCUUUUCGGUAUUUGGACAAGUCAGAAAGUAGAUCUGUUUGGAGAAAUAAAAAAGCUGAGGAAAGGAGACAGCAAGAAUGGGAGAACGAUAGAUUCAAAAGAUUAGAAAAAUUAGAAGAAGACAUAAGAAAGGAAUGUACAUUGGUCUACGAUAAGGAAAAUAAAAAUGGCUUCAAAAGAAACAACAAUAAGGUCGAUAUUUCUGAUAUUACAUGUCCAAUGAGGUUAUUGGAGGUCAUAGAAAAUAGCAACGAUCCGAUUAGUAUACAGGAAUCGCUGACGCCAUCUCAAAAGUCUCUCCUUCUGGACUACAAGAGUAAACUUUUGGUGCAACAACAGCAUGAAAUGCAAACCAAAAUAAAGAAUAGCGCAGAAAAAUUGAAAAUGGCUAAAAGAGAGGUCGUGCCACUCUUGAAAAUGUUGGUGGUGGAUAUGAACGGUAGUUCUACCAAAGGUUUUAACUUCCUUUUGUGGCGACCUACGGAAUGUCACGUUCAAAUUCUGAAAGAAAAUAGACGGUUGACGGCGUACAACGUCUUGCCGAAAAUGAACGGGGAUCUGUAUGCUUCCUCAAGGACGGUGUUUAAAGAAAAACCAAAUACUGACAUCACUUCGAUAUUUAAAAGGAAAUUAGUACGAAUCGAAGAGUUGGACUGUUUGAAUCUGUCUAAAAACUUCAACGAGUUUGACACAGUCGGCAUCGUCGUAGAAAUUUCUGCUGAAUCUGAUAGCCAGGAAAUAUGGCUCUGUAACAAUUCGGGAAGGUUGUUGGUGAUAAAAAUUUUUGAAACUCCUGCCACUUGCUUGCUGUUGGACGGUUUAAAGAGGGGGCAAGUGACGUCUGUUUGUAAUUUGGUGUUCCGUGGUUUGUCAGAUGACGUUUGUAGAGCUUGCGCCGAUCAUUUUACCGUUUUCUCUUCAUACCCGAAGUACAAACAUCUGCAAAACGGCCUCGACGAUUUAAAAAAAGAGUUACCAGAGGAUGUGAACAAAAUGUUGGAAGACUGUGAUAAUAGAAUAGAAAAAUGGAAGGAACAAAGUUCAAAAAGUAGUUUCUCUGUGGUCUAUGAUUAUGAUGAAGAGGAUACUACUUUAAUGACAUCCAAGCUUACGAGUACUGAUAUAGCAUUGUCGUUAAUAGAUAUGGAUAAGUUUAUAUAGUGUCGGUUUUUGUUGUUUUUGUUGAAUAUGUAAAAAUAGAGGUUAAGAUAAGUUAUAUUUUGGUCUAAGAGCUGGCCGUAUAAAAUUGGUUUGUCUUAGUUUUAUGCACCCAAAAUAAUAAUAACACUUCAGGUACAGCAAUUUUAAGAUUGUUAAAAAGGUAUUAUAUAGUAAAGAAAUAUGUCUAUCAUAUGUAAAAGAGGAACAUAGUAAUAUAUGAAAACAUUCGGCUGACUAACGUCACGUGUGCACAAGUAUGACGCAGCCUCUUUUAGAAGAUAAUCUGUUGUUAUCUUCUAUUGUGAUGAAAUUAGCGACAAAAGGAAACUAAAAGCUUCUUUAAUAACAACUACAGUUGCCUUUGUUUAUAUACUCAAAAAUAAUGGCUGAAUUGGCUUUUGUAUCGCGUUCCAGAUAACAGUUUCCACAAGAUUAAAUACCUUAAAAAUGGCUACAAAUAAAAAUAACAAUUGUUUGUUCACAAUAUAUUUUUCAUUGGUACCUUUUAAAAUGUCACUUUUGUGCUACUUUUUCCGAAAUUAGAGUUUUAUUCUUUUGUUAUCAGUAAAAACCAAUUUAGCCAGUACUUAGAUAUUAUUAAAGAUGAGGCUUCUAGCUUUCAUUUGACACUAAUUUCAUCAUAAUAGGCGGUAACAACAACUGAUUAAGCGCACAUCGAAAGGGACUGUGCCCACGUGGAGUUAUUCAGCCGCAUGUUUUCAAUUAUGAGUAAUACUCCUCUUUCACUUGUGAUAUAUUUGUUCACUAAAAAAUACCUCUUCAAUAACCUUAAAAAAAAAGUAAGAUCGGAAGUGUGUUGUUGUUUUGAAGGGUGCGUAAAACCACGGCACAGCAAUAAUAAUUUUUUUCAAAUCAGAAUUUAAUUCUUUCGAUUUUAUUCGUCCGGUUCUCAGUCUAUUUCUUAUAGUGUUAUUUUAUUAAAUUAAAAUUAUAC